CACUUUUAAUUACUGGUAAAUGAUUAUACUGUUAAAAAAGUGCGGAUGGAUUCUUUUUUUCAAGGCGGAUCACCACGGCGUAGGAAUACAGUGUUUCCGGGCGGAAGUCCUAGUAGUGCCACAGUUAAGAUGGCGGCGCCCAGGUUCUGUGUUGGAAGAUAAGGCUAUAUAAGAGCAGAUGCCAAACACCUAUUUUCGCAGCGGCACCUUGACCGGUAUUAAAAAAUCAAACAUGAAGCCAGAUGAUGAUUCAAAUAAAAUAAGUAUCAGUACUGAAAGCAGCAGUGAGGUGUCAGGGUCACAACUCCCUGGGGGAGCCCAUGCAUUCUCUAAUGGCCCGGGGCAACCAUCCAUGGACAGGUCAAUUCCGGUGGCAGUAAGUUGGAAACAGAAAUGUGCCACCUAUGUCCUUGCGCUCCGACCUUGGAGCUUUAGUGCCUCUCUUACCCCCGUGGCAUUGGGCAGUGCUCUUGCGUACCGAUCAGAAGGUGCGCUGGACUUCCUGCUUCUCUUGGCUUGUGCCGUGGCUGUGCUGUCUGUGCAUGGAGCUGGAAACCUGGUGAACACUUACUAUGAUUUCUCCAAAGGGAUUGACCACAAGAAGAGCGAUGACAGGACUCUAGUAGACCGGAUCUUGGAACCUCAGGAUGUGGUGCGGUUUGGGGUUUUUCUCUACACCCUGGGCUGUGUGUGUGCGGCCUGCAUCUAUUUUCUGUCAAGGCUGAAGUUAGAGCACUUGGCUCUUAUCUAUUUCGGCGGUCUGUCCAGUUCCUUUCUCUACACUGGAGGUAUCGGGUUUAAGUAUGUGGCGUUGGGAGACCUUGUCAUUCUCAUCACAUUUGGGCCCUUGGCUGUCAUGUUUGCCCACUCUGUGCAGGUGGGGUAUCUCACGGUCACCCCCUUGCUGUAUGCUAUCCCACUAGCUCUCAGCACCGAGGCUAUCCUGCACAGCAACAACACCCGGGACGUGGAGUCUGACCGCCAGGCCGGAAUAGUCACCCUGGCCAUCUUAAUCGGUCCAACCCUUUCCUACAUGCUCUACAACCUGCUUGUUUUCCUCCCGUAUCUGAUCUUCUCUAUUCUGGCCACACGGUACACGAUCAGCAUGGCGUUGCCACUUCUCACCAUCCCCAUGGCCUUCAACCUCGAGAGACAGUUCCGAAGCCAAAAUUUCAGCAAAAUGCCGCAGAGGACUGCCAAGCUGAACUUACUGGUCGGGCUCUUCUAUGUUUUUGGCAUUGUCCUGUCACCUGCUGGGUCUCUUCCCAAGUUAUGACAGUCACUUCUUGUUUUUCUGUUUAAUGAAGUUCUGGCACCGAAGCUCAACAGUCACUUUAUAUCCAGCAGGCCCUACAUUUCCGAGAGAAGCCGCGCCUGUGUCCCGUCCACCCACAGCUUGCACGUUUUAGUGUCUUAAAGGCUACCCCGUACCUCCAGCGCACCGGCUAUCCACCUCCUGCAGCGGUCUGAUCAAUAACCUGGUUACAGCUCAGAGAUGAUAAUAAAGUGCAGCUCCUGGUAGUAGAAUAAAACCGUAUCGCGGCAGAGAGACGU